AUGACAGUUCGCAACAUUCUCCAGAGCAAAAUGAAUUUUCAAUUUUAUAAAUGCAUUUUUUACCAACUAGUCAACAAGGAAUUUAUUAACAAAAUAUAAAAUAACACAGAAGAGCAAUAAAAAGCUGAUAAAACAAAAAAUUAAGUUAUAUUCUCAUACAAGAGCUAGCGAAGUGCAUGUAAGCGCUCAGCGGGAAAAGGAAACCGCAAGCUACACACAUUCAAUGGUUGUCAAAUUUACUACUCACGGCUCAACGACAAGCGAUUAUCAAUAAAUGAAUAAUAAGUUUACGCUUACGCUGAUUUGGUAUUAGUCAUCUACACAUAACUCACAUACAUAAGAGCACGACUUUCAGUGGAAUUAUACAGUUUAAAGCAUCAACUAAACCAGUAUUUAAUUGCAAAACGUUCCAAUAAACAAUUAGCUGUAAUAAGUGAAAGGAAAAAUGUCCCACGAUACAUUGAAUAUCGAAGGUGUCAAACGUGAACCGGCUUUAUUACAAAAACAUGCAAAAUUUUUUGUUAGAUUUUUGAAUUUAUUGCCAGCGCGUCUAGCUUCACAUGACUCCACCAGGGGCACCAUUGCAUUCUUCGCUGUAUGCGGUUUGGAUGUACUUAAUUCGAUGCCACUACUUACAAAAGAAAUGCAAAAGGAUAUCAUUGAAUGGAUUUACGGUGGCCUUGUGAUUUCAAGUCCGGAAAGCACACCAAUUUGCAGUGGCUUUCAGGGUUCACGCUGCGUGAAUAUCAUUACCGAUGACCCGCAAUUGCAGGAAAAUGCCAGAAACUAUCAGUGGGGUCACUUGGCGAUGACAUAUACCGGUAUUGGCAUAUUAGCCACACUUGGUGACGAUUUGAGUCGCUUAGACCGCAAAAGCAUUGUCGAUGGUGUUGCCGCGGUGCAGCGUCCAGAUGGCAGUUUCAGCGCUUGCGUUGACGGCAGUGAAAAUGAUAUGCGUUUUGUUUUUUGUGCUGCCGCCAUUUGCCAUAUGCUGGACUAUUGGGGUGAUGUGAACAAGGAGAAAAUGUUUCAGUUCAUCACUAGUUGUAUACGUUAUGAUCAUGGCUUCAGUCAGUAUUUGGAGGGUGAGGCGCACGGUGGCACUACAUUUUGUGCUUUGGCGGCGCUCGAACUGAGUGGACAAUUACAACGAUUGGAUGAAUCGACGAUAGAAAACAUAAAACGUUGGUUGAUUUUCAGACAGGUAAAUGGUUUCCAAGGUCGUCCAAAUAAAAGCGUAGACACAUGCUAUUCAUUUUGGAUAGGUGCAGCUCUCCGCAUUUUGGGUGCCUUUGAGCUCAUUGAUUAUGAAGAGAAUCGUGCCUACAUUAUGGAGACACAAGACAACAUUGUCGGUGGUUUUGCGAAAUGGCCACAAUCCACAACAGACCCCUUUCAUACGUAUUUCGGUCUGUGUGGUCUGUCGUUCAUGCAGGAACCUGGUUUAUCAGAGGUUAUGCCCAGUUUGAAUAUAUCAAUGCGCGCUUACAAUCGUCUGCGACAAUUACACGCACAAUGGCAAGCCGAGAGCACAGAUGAUAGAUUUGCAAGCAGCAACAACUCGGUGUCAAAGCUUAAUAGUGAUGAAAAUUCAACGUCCGUUACCUCGCCGCUUAUAGAAGCACAAUAAGGAGCAUUUCUUUUACAA